CCCUGCUUUCCUCUUCUGGUGCUCGCCGCGGUCGUGGAAAGGUCUGGUGUUGCAGGUUGUUCCUGUGUCGGCGGAAGUGCAAACAGAACCGAAGAAUGGGAAAGAGAGAGAAGAAGCAGAAACAUCAAAGAAAUCAUCAUCGUGGUGUCUUUAACUAUUGCCAAGACGAAGAAGAUGAUAACUCCAUUUAUCAGCUCACCCAACCCUACUCUUCCCCUUCCUCUCCUCCCAGGGUUUCUAUCCCUGAUGAAGAAAAGGAGCUUGAAGGAGGAGGAGGAGGAGGUCAUGACGAUGACAACAGUGGUGAAAAAGAAGUUGUAAAUGACGAAACCUCAUCAAAUGACAUACCUUCCAAGUUUCUUCUUUACCAACAAUCUGUACAGUCUCCCAAAGGAGACAUUAGUUAUAUGCAAAAGUUCUUUCUCACGUACGUUGGUGGAAGGAUGCCCCUGCAUCUUCAAGAAGAUUUCUGUGGCACUGCACUUCUUAGUGCAGAGUGGCUCCGUAGUGAUCCAAGAAGGACUGUGGUAGGAUUGGAUUUGGAUCUUGAGGCACUUCAAUGGUGCAUUGAGAACAACAUGCCAAAAGUUGGACCAGAUGGGUUUUCUAGAAUUUCCCUGUUUCAUGGGAAUGUCUUACAACCUCUUCAGUCAAAACUCAUCAUAAGCAGUCCUCAGGAGUUGACGAGGAACAUUACACUAGCAGAUGAUAGAAAGAUUCUGGAGACUGGUAUUCUGGAAGCUAAAAGUCAAGCUGGUUCUGCUGGUCAAGAUGAGUUUAUUAAAAGAAACGUUUCACUGCCUGCAAGAGAUAUUGUGUGCGCUUUUAACUACAGUUGCUGUUGCCUCCAUAAACGAGCAGAUCUGGUUUCAUAUUUUAGGCAGGCUCACUCUGUCUUGUCAACUAAAGGUGGAAUCUUUGUGAUGGAUUUAUACGGGGGUGCAUCUUCAGAGCAUAAGCUUAGGCUUCAAAGGCGAUUUCCAAAUUUUACGUAUGUAUGGGAGCAAGCUGAUUUCGAUAUUAUUGAGAGGAAAACAAGGAUUAGCCUCCAUUUUCAUCUCAAGAAGCAACAGAAAAAGCUUCGCCAUGCAUUUUCCUACAGCUGGAGGCUGUGGACAUUGCCUGAGAUCAGGGACUGCUUAGAAGAGGCUGGAUUCCAGUCUGUUCACUUUUGGCUUCGAAAAAUGCCAGAUACCACUGAGUUUACAAAAACAGAGGGACUUGGGGUGGGGGGGGACGUAAGGUACGAAGAGGCAACAAGUUUCCCACAACAAGACGCUUGGAAUGCCUACAUAAUAGGUGUUGCAUAGCUUCAUUUCAGGUUUACCUUUGCUUCUUUGAAUGACUCAAUCAUUUGAAGCUGAAUCUGAAUUAUAAAGACUAUAAAGUUGUGAGAACCUGAUAAUCAAGAUAUAAAUAUCUGUCCUUAAAUUUUGUGUUUUCUUUUGAAUUAA